CUUCGCAGGUGUAGAGAUUGCACGCUUCUUCGAGCUCCUUCGUGGCUGUUCGACUACGCUCCUUCGACGACUUUCUCUUCCUGUCGGAUCGGAAGAGCUCGCCAAAUCCCGUAAAUCCGCCAAACCGAGGGAUUUAGUAAAUCCCGGAUUUAUGCCGUAAAUCCUUAAGUCCGGGAUUUAUCCAUCGCCGAGAUUUAACGCGCGCACAAAAACAGUUUGGCUGGAUUUAGCGUAAAUCCCGCUGUAAAUCCGAUAACAAACAGCCCUUAGGCUAGCUCGCACUUCAAACCACGCAGAGAAAAUUAAUGGGGCUUGCUUCGCUGCCACCUCGUCAGGCGCCGCUCGUGCCUCAGCAAUGGGCUGAUGCCUUGGAUGCCAUUUCAACCUCUCGAAGUCCACCUAUAGCCGUCAUCUGCGGUCCCAAGAACAGCGGCAAGUCGACCUUCUCGCGUCUUCUCCUGAACAGUCUCUUGGAAAGGUAUGGUAUAGUGGGUUACUUGGAUACCGAUGUGGGUCAGCCGGAGUUCUUUGUGCCAGGUUGCUUAUCCCUUCAUCUUGUAGACGAAUGCUUACCGGAUUUGAUGAAGACUCCCAUGAGAGAGCCUGAGAGGUGUAUCUUCUCGGGUGAUAUAUCUUCAAAAAGAGACCCAGAAGCUUAUAUAAAUUACAUAUUCCAACUAUAUGACUACUUUCUUGAGAAGUUUAAUCAGUCAGAUGACGCCGAUAGUCAUAGAAAAGCUUUGUUACCUCUAAUUAUUAAUACUGCUGGGUGGGUGAAAGGUACUGGAUUUGAUGUUCUGGUGGAACUCUUGAAAUAUAUAUCUCCCACUCAUGUUGUUCAGAUGCGCAUCUCAGUUGAGAGUAAGAAUCUUCCAACUGGGGCAUUUUGGUUGAGUGAUAAGAAAAGGGGAUCUUCAGAAUUAAUUGAACUUGCAACAGUUUUUAAUGAUUCAUUCAAUCGAUCGGUGUUAAUGCGAAAAAAUGCACAUAGCAUGCGAGAGUUUAGACUUUCUGACUAUUUCAAGCGGUGCUUUUCUAGCAGUCUAAACAUCAGCACUAACAAGGAGCUUGCCCAUGCGUUGGCUUCUAUUCCUCCUUAUCAAAUUCACUUUUCUCAAGUAAAAGUUAUGCAUCUCUAUUGUCAGGUUCCAAAACAUGAGGUUUUUUACAGUUUAAAUGCUACAAUAGUUGGCUUAGCUGCUAGCUCUACUGUGCCCACAUCGUCAGCGCGGUGCACACCUUGGUGUGUUGGACUUGGUAUUGUAAGAGGCAUAGAUGUCAAGAAAGGCAUGCUUUAUGUGAUUACACCUGUUUCUCCAUGCAAGUUGGAGAAGGUUGAUAUUCUCUUUCAAGGGUUUAUUGAAAUUCCGACCAGUCUAUUGCAGGUACGAGGAUGCAUAUCGCCUUACAUGUCUACAAAUGUAUUGCACAAACUUCCAGAGAAGGAUCUGUAGGAAAUCGUCGCCUUCAUUUUUCUUCCAAGCUUUUUUUUUUUCUGCUCCGUGCUAAAAUUAUUAUUAUUAUUAUUAUUUAAAUUUAUAAUAGAUUGACAUUGAUGUUUGAUUUUGAAA